AUGGGAGCCGAACUCAAGAUUGCGUACGAAGGUGGCAAAGCCAAAGGAGCCGCGUACCAUUUCGUGGACAACUCGGCUUCAACCGUGGCUUACAAGCGCGCCAAGGACGCGUGCAACGCCGUCAAGAACGAAAAAGUGGACUUUGCCGUGCUGCCCAUCGAGACAUCUACACGCGGCAGUAUCCACGCCAACUACGAUCUACUGCUCCAGUACGACCUGCAUAUUGUGGGCGAGUACGAUUUGCAGGAGUUCCCCACUCCGGUGCAUAAGGCCGACCUCGUUUCUUACACGCGGUACCUGUUGCUGUCCAAGAAAGAGGAUCUAGCAUUGGAUGUGAAAACCAACGACGUAGACUUCAAGACAUCUUUGGUGUUUGGUUUCAAGAACAGCUCGACGAGAGGAAUGCUCAGCCGCGCGCUCACGGUCUUUUUGCAACGUCAGUUGGAUCUGAUCAAGAUUGAGAGUCGUCCGUGGAACGGCCAGACACCGCACCAGCACGACAAAGAAGCAGUAGACUCCUCUGGAUACAAGUAUCUGUUCUACGUGGACGUGCAAGGUCAUUUCACGGACACGAACAUGGCUGCAGCAAUUCGACGAAUCAGCGAAAUCUGUUCAUUCGUGCGCGUCCUGGGGUCCUACGCGACGUCGCAGUACAAGAAGACCGUGACAGCGGCGGAGCUGUCCCGCAAGACCGGACGCCUCGAUACCGGCACUUGUAUCACCAUGGUCGACAAGUACCCGCUGAACCCUAUAUUCCAGAAGGUGGUGGUUGCCAAAACUGUGCUGAUCCAUGGCCAGACCAAGCAAAUGGAAGCUGAGGGUAAGCAGGUUUGGUCCCUGUGUGUCGGCGAGCCUGACUACAACCCCCAUGAGCGCGUGCUAGCUGCGGGUGCCAAGGCUAUGAUCGAGGGCAGAGUGAAGUACGCGCACAUGAAAGGCCUGGUGGAACUGCGCAGCCUUAUCUCGACGUACCUAGAGAAAGCCAAGGGUCUCAAGUAUGAUCCAGCCACGGAGGUGUUGGUAUCCAACGGUGCGCAGCAGUCGGUAUACCAGGCGCUGUACACCAUAUGCCGGCCCGGUCAGAAGGUGAUCAUCCCGACACCGUACUGGCUCAAUUACCCGGAGAUCGUCAAGCUCGUAUACGCCGAGCCGAUUUCACUGCGUACAACGCUCGAGGAAAAUUACCUGAUCAACCCGGUGGAGCUGGAGAAGACGCUGACGGCGCACCCAGACGCCAAAGCCAUCAUCCUUUGCAACCCGAGUAACCCUGCCGGUACAUUACACAGCCCUGAGCAUCUGGAGAGGAUUGCUGCUGUGUUGCGCAAGCCGCAGUUCCGUCACGUAGUUGUUGUGUCGGACGAAAUCUACGAACAGCUACUGUACCAAGACGAGGGUGUUCCGGAACGCAAGCACGUAAGCUUCGCCACUUUGCCUGGCAUGUACGAGCGAACUCUGUUAGUAAAUGGAUUUUCGAAGGCGUAUGCCAUGACUGGUAUGCGUGUGGGCUACCUAGCGGCACCCAAGCAUUACAUCGAUCCGUGCACGCUGCUUCAGGCGCAAUUGACGUCAUGCACGAAUACCGUGGGACAAGUGGCUGCUGUCGAGGCGCUGACGUACGAGUUGGAGUGCAUGGAGAAGGGUGAGCGCUGCACGACAGAGGUGAUGAAGAACCUGGACACAAAGCGCCGCUAUAUCGUCAAGCGACUGACCGCCAUGCCAAACGUGCGCUUUGCGUACCCGACAUCGGCGUUCUAUGUGUUCCUCGACUUAUCGAUUUACUUCAUGGGAAAGAAGAAGAUCACUGCUGACACGAGCGUGUCGCUCGCUAGCGUCGACGAAUUCUGUGAGUACCUGCUGCAGGAAUCGCACAUUGCUGUGGUGCCUGGCUCGGAGUUUGGUGACGAGUUCGGCAUGCGCAUUUCGUACGCAAGCUCAAUGGAGACAAUCAAACAUGCGAUGGAUGGUAUGGAGAACUUGCUGAAGUCUCUGAUCGUUGAGUAG